AUGACACCCGUCUCGUUGCCGUCAUUGCGUCGAGAGCCCGUGGGAGCGCUAACUGUGCGCGUGCCUCGUCUGCAUCCGUUCUCCUCUGCGGCCAAAGCGCGAUCUUCCAUGCCCGUCGACUCGAUGCCCGUGUCAGAUGUGAUGCCAACAGUACUGCCCAACUCGGUAUGCCCACAGCAAUCUGAGCUCGCGUGGCGCUCUUCGUUGACGACCGAUCAGAUUGCUGCGAUUGCGAUUGCGCAGCAAGAGACGGCAAAGGCAUUGCGGGGUCGAAGCAAGACCAAACCGUCGUGGUCGCCAUCGCAUUGCCUUCUGUCCGAUGCAACGACUCCAGAGGACUGGAAGAAGAAGCGCAGGAAGGAGCAGUGCCGCAUCAAUCAGGCCAACUAUAGGAAACGCAAACGGUGCUACGAACAAACAGUGGGGCACGAGAUCUCGGCCCUGAAACAGGAGAUCGAGCGGCUACGGACGUGCCAAGCUGCGAAGCUGGUGCAAAGGCAACCGAGCGCUGCUCAGUCCAUUGGCGACUUUUACUACGCGGUGGGUGCCGAAGGCGGACAGCAGAGACUCGACUCGCGGGCUUUUCGGCUCGAAGACGGUCGCCUUCCAGCACUGCACUGUCUAUUGGAACUCCAGCGAGAAGAGUUUGACUCGGUCGACUUGUUCAAGUUACACUGGCUCUACUACUGCAAGCAGUUUCGGGCGUUCCAGCUCUCCAUCACGUCGUGUGAGCGCCUGGAAGCAGACCAGCACGUGAUCAUUCGAGUCACAGGCCAGCUCCAGAUGGAUAUCGACGGCGGUGCGCAGCAGCAGCGGAGUGGAAAGAGUCUGUGCUACGGCUUGAUCACGUACCCCAUCACGCAGCAGUUUGAAUUUCGAGAGGACGAGCAGGUGAUCACUCGCAUCACGUCGGAGGUGGAUCUUGUUGGUGGCAUUGCAGCCAUUCAGAAACGGAAUGUCCCGUACUGUACACUGAGCGUCCUGCGGUACCUCUCCGAGACCUUUAUUGCGCUCGAACCGUUGCCGUAG